AUGCUCGUGGCGGUUUCUCUCUUGGCCAUAUCGCUCUCGAUACUCAUCUACCACCAUCCGCCCUCGACAUGGCCAGCCUACUUUGCCCCCGCCCAGGGCCCGCCCAAGAGGUCGCAGGAGGAUGAAGAUGGAGAUGCCCCCGCCGAGCGGCAACGAGAAGAGUCGCAAGGCAGCCAGGCAGACGAUAGCAUGACACUGAGCGACUUGUCGCCUGCAACGACCCCAAAAGCUGCCACCAGCGAUGCAAAUGCCCCAACCAUACCCUCUUUCACACUUGACGAGCACCACAGCUCGAGCGAAAGCGACGAUGAAGACAAUCUCCCACCGCCCUCAUUCCCAGCCCUGAACUCUGCGCAGCGGGCGUCCAAGCCAGCGCCGCCGACCUUCUCGAUGCAGCCGCCACCGCCUCCUACAUCGAAUGGCAUGGGCCCACCAUCGAGGCCCUCCUCGUCGCCCUCUCUCAUGACACCGCCACCACGAGUCGCCGCCUCAAAUCUGCGCCCCUUGCCUACGCAGUCCACUCCGUCCCAGGCUCUUCGUGGGCCCGCCGCAGGUCUCGUGCCACCUCGCGGCCCCGUUCCCAACCGCGGCCCCGUCCCGAACAGAGGCCCACCCAUCUCAAACGGGUCUCUGGCUCUGCCGCCCUCAGGCAACCCCAGCCUCAUCAAAACGCCUAACGCGCGAAACAAAGUUCAGCUUACCCCCGGCCACUCACCCCUGGACUGGGCGAACCUCCAACGCAGCAGCAGCAACCUCUCCGGCGUAUCCUCCCUUGUGCGCGUUACGCCUUCAAUGCUGAAGUUCCAGAACGGGCGCAAAGGCAAAGACGGCAAGACCAAAGACGCGUGGUCAGCAUACCAGGGCAAGGUCUAUAACAUCUCACCCUACCUGCCGUACCACCCUGGCGGCGAGGGCGAGCUGAGGAGAGCUGCCGGCAAAGACGGAACGAAGCUGUUCAUGGAAGUACAUCCAUGGGUCAACUGGGAGAAUAUGUUGGGCGAGUGCAUGGUCGGCAUAUUGGUGUCCGAGGAGCAGGCGCCGAGUAGGAGCACGUUGGACGAUAUGGAUUAG